GCUCCACUAUCAUGUGUUUGAGAGCAACUUCCUGCCGUCGGUUGUCAGCCGAUGCCUGGACAACUGAAAUGUGGUACAGUAGUUAGAAGAGAUGUCAUGACACAGACGUCACCUUACCACAGCGUGCUCUAGACUGAACACAGAUCAUGCAUUGACACCCAAACGGCGGUUCCGCGCCUUCUCUGCAGCGUGACCAUGCCUGUGCCUUUCGUGACCCAGGUAUUGAACACGAGCACAAACUAUCCUCCUGCUAACCUGACCAGCAAAUGCAGCAUGCCAUAUGAUGAGGACCGUGUGCCCCUCAUGAUUCUUUAUAGCAUGGUGUUUGUGGUGGGUGUUCCUGCCAAUUUCGCAACGUUCUUGUUGACCAUGCAGCAGGUGCGGCGUGCAAACGUACUGGGUAUCUACCUGUUCAGCCUGUCUGUCUGCGACCUCAUGUACCUGUGCACCCUUCCUCUGUGGGCAUUAUACAUUUAUAGAGGCCACUCCUGGGUCUGGGGCUCCACAGCCUGCAAGUGGACGGGAUACAUCUUCUUCAACAACAUGUACAUAAGCGUCUUCUUGUUAUGUUGUGUGUCCGUGGAUCGGUAUGUGGCGGUCGUAUACUCCCUGGAGUCUCGAGGGAUUCGACGGCCGAAACAGGCCUGGAUGAUUACCAUGGUGAUAGUCGUCAUCGUGGCAUUGGGUCACCUGCCAGUUUUCACCAUGGAAGAGGGGGACGCCGACAGUGAGACGCAACAGCGAUGUUUUGAGCCGGGACAGACAACAGCAAUGGUGACGGGGUUUAACUACGCCCGCGUCCUCAUCGGGUUCCUCAUACCUUUUUUCAUCUUGGUCUUCACCAACCGCACCAUCCUAUCCAGCAUCCAGGCCAGCAAUAGCAUUAAGCCAAAGCAGAAGGCCAAAGUGCGCCGGCUCGCACUGGCUGUGGUGGUAUUCUUUCUGGUGUGUUUUGCACCGUACCACGUCAUCCUUUUGACCCGGGCUAUCAGCUUCCAUACGGUGUCAGACAAGUGUCACUUCGACAGGGGCAUCUACACACCCUACAGUAUUUUUUUGGGCUUUUCCACCAUCAACAGCGCCAUGAACCCAAUCCUGUAUGUGUUGUCCAGUGAUAAUAUCAGGAAGGAGGUGCGGAGGGGCCUGUCAAGCGUCCGAAGCUGGAGAAGCUCUCAGAGGCCUCAGGUCUCAGAGAGCAGUGGCCAGCUGAGGGAAAUGAGUGCAGUUUCGAGGCACGUGUCCGCAAUACAGAUUAAUAACUGCUUGUAGACAUGGAUACACAUGCACAGGUGAACAUGAUCAUACCUGAGCAGGUGAAUACUAUCAUAUAUGUACCUGCAACUCUGGACCCUCUGAGGAUGUGUUUAUUAACGGUUCAAGGAAACUGUUAACUGUUGAGGAGAUGCCACAAAACAAAUGUAUUUGAUGCAUUGGAAAUCUUUCUCCAUCAAGUCGCUGAAGGUCAUACUGCACAUUAGGCUGCACAUUUGACUUCUAACUCUUUUAACAGAACUACACAGCAUAAUGUUAUGUUAAUAUAUUGUAUCUUGUUAAUCUCAUAUUUCUAAAUAACUGUUUGUAAUAAUAUUCUUUACAUUGUAUCAGUAAAAAGGAAGGUCUGGCCAUUGUUAGAUGUGAGUGUUCUUCUUUCCCCAUGCAUUUCAUAAUCAUCUCUCCAUCUGCCACUUCUUUUUUACUCUCUCUCUCUCAAACACAUACACAAAUUCAAAACAUAAUAAGACAGCUGUGUGAGAAAUAAACCCAGUCAGGAAAGGUCUGUGGGCAGAAAGUGCACGUAGUCACACGCAGAGACACAGACACAGGAAGCUUACACCACCAUUUUGAGAAUGUGCAUUACCAAGGUGUGACUGUGUAAGAACAUGUGAAAGACCUAUGUGUGAAACCGAAAACGUAUCUCUCUCAGGACAUUUGGAGUCAUGACGGGGUUAAUGUCAGAAAUGCUGAGGUGGGCCACAGACUGUGGUGUUUGUAACCGCCCACAUAAAUCACGUCUAUCCCAAAAAAUGAAUCAAGUAACAUACUUUCUGCAAGCAUUUAUGACAUCUGUAAAAUACAAAAGUCUCUCUUAUAAGCUAAGCACACUGUAACAACACAUGUAAUAGAAUACAGAUUAAGGUUUAUCUCAUGCUUGGACUUGAAGUCAGGAAGACAGGAAGUUGUCAUGGCACUUACAUGCUUGUAUUUCUUUAAAGUGGUGAACAGCAAAUAAUACAAUUUUCAAAUUGUUUCAAGUUGUGAUAUCAUGAAGCUGUGAAUGUUUAAU